UCCUCUCUGGCCUUUUGGCUAAGAUCAAGUGUAGUAUCUGUUCUUUAUAGUUUAACAACUAUAAUGUGGAACAUUGUUCCACUCGUUGUUAAUCUAAUUUUUUCCUCCGGGUCCUUCUGCUCUGGCUUGCUAUCAGCGGGACCACAGGUGUCCGUGGCCUGACACUGUCAGCCGUGUGACGCCGACCCCAUCUUUUAUUCAAAUAAGAAAAUGAUAAAAAAAGUAUCCAUUUCGCGUAGAUUAUGCGGAACAAAAAUUUUCCCAUUUUUUUUUUUUUGGCCUAGAUACCCCUCCUUCAUGCGUUGAAUUCCCGCUUUCGGGAGGGGCGGGUUAGUGCUUGUAUAACCCGUCGACCAAAAAUAAUAAAACGUGUUUUUGCUUUGUGUUCCUUUUUAUCUUUCGCUUUGUCUAUUUCGGUUUGUCUGCACAUUGCACCAUGUCUUUACGGCUGAGAAAGAACGGGAAGGGCUCGCCUGCUCCCAGCAAAACACCUACUUCUGCCUCUCUAGCCGAUGAUGAGUACUAUCAGAUUAUCGAGGGCGUUAAGCGCACCUACAACCAAAAGAUUCGUCCCUUGGAGAUAACUUAUAAUUUUGAAGGAUUCCACUCAUCACCAUUGACGAACUCGGAUAUUGAGGCAAAGCCCAUCGUGUUGCUUAUUGGCCAGUACUCGACUGGUAAAACGACGUUUAUUCGCUACUUGCUCGACAAAGCUUAUCCUGGCGAGCAUAUCGGUGUUGAGCCGACGACCGACCGCUUCGUAGCAGUAAUGCAUGGUGCUGAGGAUCGCAUCACCCCGGGCAAUGCAGCAGCAGUAAACCAAGACUUGCCGUUCCGCGGUUUAAACCGGUUCGGUCAAGCCUUUUUGUCACGUUUCCAGGUAUCGCAAACGCCUUCACCCAUCCUGGAAAACAUGACAAUCAUCGAUACUCCCGGUAUUUUGGCUGGCGACAAGCAGCGUAUCGAACGUGGCUACGAUUAUACUGCCGUGAUCGAAUGGUAUGCACAACGCGCCGAUCUUAUUCUGCUCAUGUUCGAUUCGCAUAAACUAGACAUUUCGAACGAGUUUAAGAACGCCAUCCAUUGUUUGCGCGGUCAGGAAGAGAAAGUACGUGUCAUUUUGAAUAAGAGUGAUAUGGUCAAUCAGCAGCAAUUGAUGCGUGUAUAUGGUGCUAUGAUGUGGUCGCUCGGCAAGGUCGUCCAAACGCCUGAAGUCAUGCGUGUCUAUCUCAGUUCCUUCUGGACCGAGAAGCCGCCAAACUCUUUUGAGGAUUGUCGUGAUUUGAUCGAAACCGAGAUGAAGGACCUGCUGCGUGAUAUGAAAGAGUUGCGCCGCAAUGCUGCUGUCCGCAAGAUCAAUGAGAUUGUCAAGCGUGCACGACUGGCUAGAGUCCACGCCCUGAUCAUCAGUCAUCUCAAGAAGGAAAUGCCAUCGAUGUUCGGUAAGAAGAAGAAACAAGAAGCCUUGUUGAACAACUUGGAUCAAGAAUUUGUCAAGAUCCAACAACGAUACCAUUUGCCUGCUGGUGAUUUCCCGAACCCGGAGAAAUUCAAACAAAAUCUGUCGGUGUAUGACAUGGACAAGUUCAAGACCUUGAAAGAGGAGCUUUUGGAUAAAGCGGAUGAAGCCCUGUCAGUUGAUCUGCCUCGCCUCAUGUCCCGCUUCCCGAUGGUCAACCCGGAGCUGGAAAAGUCGCAACGGAAUCCAUUCGAAGAGUUGGGUGAGGGCGAGAUGCCGCCAUCGUAUUGGGACUUUGCAUCCGUGGAUAAGGCAGAGUAUAUACCCAAAUUCCACAGCUUGCAUCCUCGUGAGGGUAAAGUAGGCGGCGCGGCUGUCAAGCCUGUGCUGAUGGACAGCGGUCUGCCCAAUGAUAUCCUUGCCCAGAUUUGGCGCUUGGCUGAUUUCGACGGGGACGGUUACAUGGACGUUGACGAGUUUGCCAUUGCUAUGCAUUUGAUCAAGGCGUUCAAGAAUGGCGCCGAGAUUCCAGAAAAGAUGCCCCAAUCGUUGCUUCCUCCGAGAAAGUUUUAAAAUACCCCACAAACCCCCCCCCACCUUUCCUUCACCUGCUUAAAGCGCACAACCCUUUUUGAUCACUUUUUAACCCACCAUGUUCCUGAUAAUUUUACUUUUUUUAUAAUCCUCGUUCUCAAAAGAAACACCACUCUCCUUGUUUGUUCCUGCACACUUUCGAAAACUUUUUAUUUAUGAAACCAAGAUCAGCCAGGAAAUGAUAAGAUAAAAGAGACAUAAUGGAUA